AUGGGAGUUGUAUUGUCAAGUAAGAUUAGACAUAUUUGUUCUCCUUAUGAUGAACCAUCAGCUAGAAUAAUAAUUAUUGGUCUUAAUUCUGCUGGUAAAACAACAUUAGUUCAACGAUUUAAAAAUUUAGUUGAUUUACAAUUAAAUAUACAUGCAUCUUUUAUUGAACAUAUUAAAACAGAACCAACAUUUGUCUAUCAAAUUGAAACUGUUCAUCCACGUCUUGCACCAUUAGCAUUUAAUAUAUGGGAUUUAGGUGGACAAGAAAAAACAAGAGAAUUAUGGAGAUUUUAUUUAACGGGUAUUCAAGGUGUGGUGUUUGUUAUUGAUUGUCAUGAUGAACAACGAAUACAACUUGCAAGAAACGAACUUUUAGAUUUAUCGAAAAAAUUAGGUCGAUCAUCUACUAUUCCAAUCGUUAUUGCUGCUAAUAAACAAGAUCUAUCACACUCAUUAAGAAAAGAAGAACUUAUUAAAAAAUUAUCAUUAACAAAAAUACAAUCUAAUGAAUGGAAAAUAUUUGAAAUGAGUGCACAUACUGGAGGUGGUGUUAUGGAAAUGUUUUCUUAUCUAUCAGAAAUUAUUCAUAAUCAUCAGUAA